AUGUCGACACACAAAAGCGCGUCCAGUGCCAUUCCCGGUUCUCCAUUGCCGUCGCCGAAGACCUCAAAACGCAUCGCCAGUGCAGGCGACAUUGAUGCAGCGCCACAGCCAAACUCUCCGUCUAGAAGAUCGAAACGAUUAAAUUCAGACGUACCGGAUGCCUCGAACCAACCUCAGUCUAAUGGGGAUGCGGUUGAACCUAAGUCGAAACGUCCACAGACUUCGCGAACAAGGGUGAAAAAGGAAGUUGAAGAGGAGUCUGAAUUUUUGAUUAGCGUCAAGACCGAAAAGGACGGCGCCGUUAAGCAAGAGGAACCGGAGAUAGUAAUGGCAAAGGCAACAAAGAAAAGGAAGUCAAAAGAAGAGAAAGAGACUGAAGUCAUGCCAUUGCGACCUAGGACCCAAGGGCUGCGGAUGUUUGUGGGCGCUCAUGUUAGCGCAGCAAAAGGUGUCUUCAAUGCCGUGAAUAACACCAAACACAUUGGCGGAAAUGCGUUUGCCCUGUUCCUUAAAUCGCAACGGAAGUGGGACAAUCCUCCAUUGCAGGAUGAUCACAGAGACCAGUUCCGCCAGUCUUGUUCAGAACAGAAAUACAACGCGGCCAAACAUGUUCUUCCCCACGGGUCCUACCUCGUCAAUUUGGCGCAGGAAGACAAGGCCAAGGCUAAGCAGGCGUACAAUUCAUUCCUCGACGACCUCCAACGCUGUGAGGCACUUGGAAUCAAUCUCUACAAUUUCCACCCCGGCAGCGCCGGCCAGACCACCCUCCCCUCCGCCCUUACCCGCCUUGCGAAAGCCCUCACCAACGCCCUCGCCGCGACCUCGACCGUAACUCCCGUCCUCGAGACAAUGUGCGGCCAGGGAACGACAAUUGGUGGCUCAUUAACCGAAUUUCGUGACAUUAUUGCUCAGAUACCCAAAGAACAUCACUCCCGCGUCGGAAUCUGUAUUGAUACAUGUCAUAGCCAUGCGGCCGGCUACGACCUCGUCACGUCCGCAGGAUUCAAGGCUUUCUUGAAGGAAUUUGAUGAGGUUAUUGGUCUACAGUUUCUCCGUGCCUUACAUCUGAAUGAUUCCAAGACGCCUCGGGGUAGCCAUCGAGAUCUCCAUGCAAAUAUCGGAACGGGCUUUUUGGGUCUUCGGGCGUUCCACAACAUAAUGAACGAGCCUAUUUUUGAAGACAUGCCGAUGAUCCUGGAGACUCCCAUCGACAGGCCCGUAUCAAACACUUCUAAACCACCUACUACGGACACCUCGGCCAGAGCAGCGCAUGAAGCCUGCGCGAGCGAAGAUUCCGAGUCCGACCUGUCCGAUCCCGAACAACCUCCCAAAAAGAAACAGACCAAGGGUAAGCCCAAAAAGCCUACAGCUCGCGUCAUCGCCGAUCCCAGCGUUUGGGCCAACGAGAUCUCACUUCUCGAAUCCCUUAUCGGGAUGGACCCCGAGUCCCCCGAAUUCCGUUCCCUCGAGGCGAAGCUAGCAGAUGAGGGGAAGGAGAUGCGGGAGAAGCAUCAGGAGCAGCAUGAUCGGAAGGUAGAGACAGAGGAGAAAAAGAAAAAGAAAGCGCUGGAGAAGGGGCAGAAGUCGUUGAUGGAUAUGAUGAAGGGCUCCUCGGCUGCGAAGGGGAAAAAGCAAACGGCGGACUUGUAA